UAGGGGACCACGCCUCCCACACAACCAAGUAUAAAAACGUCCUGUAUAAAAUGGCUGGGUUUCUGUGGAGGCUGUGGAAGUGGCUGUUGCAUCUAGUGACUGGGAGGUGUGAGAUAUACCGUCUGGCUGUGUGGAGUGCUCCCAUUCAACAGAGAGCAUGGAGCAUCAGACGGAGCCUCGAGGUAUCUCAUAUCAAGACUCUGAGUGAUGUAGUGACUGCCAGGGAGUUGGGAGUGACUGAGGCGUUGGAAGUCAUAGCCUCCGCUAAGAAGAUCCCCUCAGAACAACGUCACCAGUUUGAGGAGUCCCUGAGGCCAUGUGUGGUCAGAAUACGCUCCGUGAAGUCUCUGUUCUGUCAAGUGGAGGACUUGAGGACACAAUCAUUCUCAAAGGAGAACCAUCAACAUGAGGCAAUGCUCCUUGAGCUUUGGUCGAUGCUGUAUCCAAGUGUAGAGCUGGAGGAUAGAAUCACUAAGCAAUGGCAGGACAUUGGUUUCCAAGGCAAUGACCCGGCCACAGACUUCAGAGGCAUGGGCAUGCUGGGACUGACCUGUCUACAUUAUUUCUCUCGUAGCCAUGGCGAUACCGCUCGCUCAGUCCUCUCCCACUCUCACCACCCUCGCUAUGGUUACCCGUACGCUAUUGUGGUCAUCAAUCUAACGUCACUAGGUCAUGGUUGGCUGAAGGAGGGACGACUAGACAAGUACCUAUACUGGGAGGAGGAACAACGUGACCACACCUUCUAUGAGAUCAUAGGUAGUCUGGUUGUGCGUUUUGAUGGCUAUUGGAUGAAGAGUGAACCAGAGAAUGUGAUGGCCUUCCCUCAAGUCAGAGAAGCCUUUGCUGCAGAGUUGGGAGCACAACUCAACACCGAUGACUCAUUAACACUAUCCGUUAACUAAUAAUAAUAAUUAGCUAAAGAGCCUGAAGUGAAUUAAAAAUCAUACAAUAAUUGAAGUUUUUUUCAUAAUAAUUAAUUCUAGCAUCGAUCAUUGUUGAAGUUUUGUACAAUUUUGUGCUUGAUGCCAAUUAAUGUGAAAGAAAAACAAUAA